CUGAACACAUCAGAAGAGGUUUUUUGGUGUACCUGUAGCCUAAAAGAUUAACAUGUCUGUAUUCGGGAAGUUAUUUGGUAGUGGGGGGAAAGGAGGAAAAGCCCCCAAUCCACAAGAGGCGAUUCAGAAACUCCGAGAGACAGAGGAGAUGUUAAUGAAGAAACAAGAAUUUCUAGAGAAAAAGAUAGAGCAGGAACUCAUUGUAGCAAAGAAAAAUGGCACGAAAAACAAACGAGCCGCCCUACAGGCUCUGAAGAGGAAGAAACGCUAUGAAAAGCAACUGACCCAAAUCGACGGUACUCUUUCCACCAUCGAGUUUCAGCGUGAGGCUCUGGAGAAUGCCAACACCAACACUGAGGUGCUGAAGAACAUGGGCUUCGCUGCCAAGGCCAUGAAGAAUGCCCACCAAAACAUGGACAUUGAUAAAGUCGACGACCUCAUGCAGGACAUCACUGAACAGCAGGAGCUAGCCCAGGAGAUUUCAGACGCCAUCUCUAAACCUGUUGGCUUCGGGGAAGAUUAUGACGAGGAUGAGCUGCUGGCUGAGCUAGAAGAAUUGGAACAAGAGGAACUAGACAAAAACCUGCUGGAGAUCGGAGGCACAGAAAAUGUCCCAUUGCCCAAUGUGCCUGCAAAUCCAUUACCCUCAAAAACAGGUCUGAACAACCUCUGGGCUUCAUACAAGAGCAGCAGCGUGAACAGUAGAAGAGAGGAAGAGGAUGAAGAUGACAUGGAGGAGCUUAAGGCUUGGGCUUUGUGAAUUCAACAGCAAAAAUCCACUAUGGACAGAAAAGACAGGACUUUCUGAUUUCUCUUUAUAAUGUGAUGUUCAGACAGAUCUGAACAUGCUCUGAAAGUUGACACUACAAAAUCACAUUCUCAAAAAGCCUGUUGAAAUCAGCAAGUCCAAGUGGCCCAACAGACAGGAACAGAGCUACUGCUGGAAUAGGCAGGGCAGGGUAGGGGCGUGGUGUAAAAUAAUCUCUCAAAAUGAAAAAUCAACCUGUCUCUAAUUCAGUGAUA